CGGAAAUGCCUCCCAAGGCCAGAGCUGGUGUCAUGAACGGUGUACUGGGCAAGCAGCUGGCAAGCAUCACCGAAUCUCUAGCUCAAGCGUCUAAGAGGCGGGACUCUGAGGUGAUGAAGAAAGCCGGCCGUGAAGCCGGUGGACCGCCGACUCCGGCCCCUUACGUGAAGUCGCCUAUGUCCGCCGUACCUACUCACACUGCAUCCAAUGGAGGCAAAGCGGGCGAAUCAGAGAGCGAGCUCGUUGACACUGACCGCUCACCAAAGACUCCGAAUGAGCCUAUCAGCGUCCUCGUUCCGACAUUCUUUUCGAUGGAAGCGAAAGCGGAGGGUGUGUUCUCUACACCAGACACAACGCUCACGGGCUCAGCUAAGUCAUUCUCGGAUCCUUUUUCUGGAUUCCAAGAAUCUCUACGCGUAGGAGAAGCUCCGCAGAUCAACGAUCAUCCUAGGAAGAUGUUAGCAGACCUCGAACGGAACUUGCGCUCGCCGAGUGUGGCGGUCACCCACGAAAUCGAAGAUGAUCUGGACCGCCUCCGCGCUGAGAUGGCGAGCCUGCUCUUAGAAUCAGAUGGAGAGGACAACAACGAUGGGACUGUGGAUAUGCCAUCAUCGCCGAUGCUCCGCCAAGCAGCUGAGACCGAAGAUUCCAAAGCCCCCCAUGAGCCGAAAGUGGCGUUGGAAAAGGAUGGUCUUCCCUCUGUGGUGGCCUUGCAACUGGAGAAGACUGGCUGCAACUGGGAGCAGGUGAAGGCCUGGACGGAGUAUCUGUUUAGCAAUGGCUUGAAUGGAUACACAGCUCAAAAAGAAAAGGAAGCUAUUAUUCAGCGAGCUGAGCUGGAGCUGGAGCAAACCAAGGAAUAUGUCUUGAGCGAAGAGGCAGUCUACCGAGCGGCGGAGGAGAAGGCGAGCCUUCCUUUUCGGCUCCUGGUAACCAACAUCGCCGCGGAUGCAGACGAGGAGGAGUUGGCCGUUCUGUUCUGGGACUUCAGGUUCGAGAUCCGCAAUAUCAAGAUAUUGGAUGAGCGAGACCCUAUCAGACGGACCAGAACCGCCUACGUCGACAUGUACACCUUGGAGGCGGCAAAGGAAGCUUCUCACACUAUCGGCUCUAUCUACGGAUUGAUGGCCAAAGUUCGCCUGGCCAUUCAAGACAGCGACUAA